AUGUUCGACUUUGGCAAUAUGGGCAUGCAAGACAUGAACGGAAUCGGGAUGACCGACAGCCAGGACAUGAUGGCGCUCCAUGAUAACUUUAUGUACAACCUCGAUGCGACCAUGUCCAUGAGCCUGGACCAUCCUGACGACCCUGGCAUGGGCAUGUCUACCACCUUCAAUCCCCAGCUCAUGGGUGGGGCCAGUCCACAACACGGGUCCUUGGCCCAGCAAAACGGCCUCGGCGCCGGCUCGAUCAGCAUGCAGAACUUCCAACCCUCCCCAUCCGAAGAUAACGGCCCUGGAGCCGGCCCUCAGCCCAUGACCAGCUUUGCCAUGACCCAAAACACGCAGAUGCCCGGCGGCUCGACCCUGACCGAGUUCACCAAGAGGAGGAACUGGCCAGCAAAGGUUGUCGAGGAGCUCAAGGACCUGCUGAUGAUCCUGGAUGCCGACGGUCGCGUCAAACACGUCUCCCCGAGCAUCACCGCUCUGACUGGUUACCUGCCCGACGACAUCCUCGAAAAGUUCCUCAAAGACUUCACACACCCAGACGAUCAGGGUCUACUGCUGACUGAAUUGAACGAGGCUAUCGCAUCGGGCAGCCAAAUGAGACUAUUCCACCGGCUGAAAAAGAAGGAUGGCAACUUCGAGAUCUUCGAGUCCGUCGGCCACGCACACAUUGCUGCGGCCAGGUUUGCAGCCAACCCAAACAACCAGUCAGCCUUCUGCCAGGCCGUGUUCUUCAUGGCGCGGGCCUACCAGCAGCAGGAGAACGCCACCCUCCUUGACUCCUUCCUCGAGCACAAGAUUGAGAACGAGCGCCUUAGGAGAAGGAUCGCGGAGCUGCGCAGAGAGGAGGAGGCAGAGACCGAGGAGGCAGCGCGCAGCUGGCGCCAGAGCCAGGACAGCCGGGGGGACAUGACACCAUCCGAGGCGACCAACAUGACCCCUAUCGGGCAAAGCCCCAGCUUCUUCCGCUCCAGCACCGACGCGGCAGCGAUGCCCCCGCCUGAGAGGCCAAACCCGCUCAACAUAGCCCUUACGAGAGAGAACCUCGAGGGAGUCACAGCGGGGAACCGUCCGGACUCGAUAAGGGACAAAAUGGCCCGCUACGAAGGCACUCACGGUGACACAAAUAUAGAGAGGUUGACGGGCCUGCGCUACAACGAAGGCGAGAGAAGCCGCGGCAUCACAACGGGUAAUGCGAGCCCCACGCUCAUCAAGGGCGAUGCCGGCAUAGCAAUACCCAUGGACAGAGACCCAAGAACCGGGGAGAAGAAGAAGAAACUCAAAGUUGCUGAGGAAUAUGUCUGCACAGACUGCGGCACUCUUGACUCCCCGGAGUGGCGCAAGGGCCCCAGCGGCCCCAAAACACUGUGCAAUGCUUGCGGCCUCCGAUGGGCCAAGAAGGAGAAGAAAAAGAGCAGCUCCGGCCCAGCAGGAGGAGGAAGUGGUCAUGGCAUGGGAGGGAAUGUGCCGUUACUGGACCACGGCCAAUCGUGA